GAUGGAAGAAAAAAAGACAAUUGGAAAAAAGGGGAUUGCCCUUUACAUAAAGAUAACGUUUUAGAAAUAAUGAAUGAAGAAUUAUCGUCGGGGCUUGCAUGGAAUCGGUGCCGCUUCAGCUCACUUUGCCUGCUUUCCCCAAACUCAAGUCCCUUUGUGUGGAUGUGGUUGUCAACAUUUUAAGUGGGGUUGCUGCCCUGGACAUUCCUUGGAGCUUAUUGAAAAGAACUGAUUUCUUUUUAUAAGGACAAGAAAGGCAUCUAAUGCAUUUCUGUCCUGCAUACUCACACGCAUUGUGUCUGGUGCACUUCAUUCAAUCAUUGUCUUGCAAUGGCAAUGCAAGAUUCUGGCAGGGCAACGGGGUUUCCCUGCAAACAGUGUGGCAUGGUAUGUCACAAUAUGCCCGAUCUGCUGGAACAUAUGGACGCUCAUUUGCAAGAAGAGGAAGAACGCAAAUAUAAAUGUGAUGAAUGCGGACGGGGCUAUAGGCAUGCUGGUAGCCUGGCUAACCACAAGAAGACUCACGAAGUGGGUUCUUUUCAGUGUAACAUAUGUGGUAAAGAAAAUUCGAAUGCUUUGGCCCUCAAGAGUCAUCUCCGGAGCCACACUUCCCUAAAAAAGUACUCUUGUGCUGAAUGUGGAAAAUCUUUUCGUCUGGCAACACAGCUGGCUACACAUGAGAGGGUUCAUGUGUUCAGGCGAGGGAAGAAGCAGUCAUAUAGGAAGGCAGACGUGGAAUUUUCCACACAUGAAGAUGAAAGUGAAGUUGAAAAUGAUCAUCCACAUCAUCUUAAUGAGCAGUCAGCCAGUGUUGGUAGUUCUACAGAAAAUAGCCCAUCUGAGGACAAGACAGAGGCUACAUAUAAUGAAAGCAGUGAUGAUGCAGCAGGGCGACCAUUCAGAUGUGAUAUAUGUGACAAAUCAUACAUUCACCAUCGAAGUCUGACGAAUCAUAAAAAGACUCACCAGGUGGGAAUGUUUGAGUGCACAGUGUGUUUCAAGCUCUUCAACAACAUGGCUGCCCUCUACAGCCACCAGAGAACUCAUAAGACAAGAAGCGGGACAGACCUCAAUUCGCCUGCUGAGUCGUACACAGACACACCAGUGGACCAGUUUUCACCUCAGAGCCAGGAUGCUCCAGUAAACUUUUGUCAUUUGUGUCAGGUACUUUUCCCCAACAACCAUGAGUUUGAGGAACACAUUCAAAUGCACAACUCUUCAUCUCUGUCAUUUGGGCUUCAAGAUACAUUGUCAGAGAACCACAGUGUAUCAUAUGACAACAGUAUUGCUUCACCUGAGUCAAAUUUUUAUGCAUCUCCCAUAAACAAUAUGUCUUCAGUGUCAUCGAUAGAUAAUCACGGAGGCUUUGAUCCCCCACAAGAGAAGAUGAGAAGCAAUGGCCAUAUGUACUCAGAAUGCUCCAGUAAUCAAACUCCAUCUUCCAACAGCACUCAGGGAGAACACACAAACACUCUCAGUCCUACCCUGAUGCCUGCACAAAGUACUGGCAAUGCAACUGAAACAGAAGAGACUUCAACUGUAGAUUCUGAUGAGCGUCCCUUCAAGUGUCAGAUCUGUGGCAAAAGCUACAGGCACUCUGGGAGCCUCAUCAACCACAAAAGGUCACAUCAGGUCGGGAUUUACCAGUGCUCCAUAUGCAGAAAGAGUUAUCCUCACCUCGCCGCCCUCAAAAGUCAUCUACGUCUCCACAAAGCUCAGCCGUCAUCUUAUCACCUCAACUCUGAGGGAGACUGGCUCUCUUCAGAGCCUCUGACUCUGGACAACCAGCAGGGCUGCUUCUCCUCCCAAGAUGAUGAGGAGGAGGAAGAGGACAAUGAUCACCCUGCACUUGGUUUGGAUCAAGAGAAUGGACUUGACCACAGCAAUGGAGAGCUGUAUCAUGAGCAGUUUAAUCAGGACUUUUCCCAGGAUAUGACUGUGCAUCUACCUCACAACGAACACAUGAUGCAAAGGCACAUGUGUGCAGACUGUGGUGAGACGUUUGCAGAUAUUGCAGGGAUUAAGUCUCACAGCUGCCCACUGCUACAGCAGCAACAUAACACUACUGGUGGUGACUAUGACAGCAGUUUAAACCUCCAAGCCAGUAAUGGUCUCGGUGCCAUUGUGAAUCCAGGAAGUGAUGUAGAGUAUGUUGUUAAUGGUAGCCACGACCAAAGUUACUUUGAGCAGAAUUUCCAUGAAAAUGUGAGCAAUGAUCAGCUGAAUGAGGACAGAGACGACGAUGACACCGAUGAGGAAGAUGAUGAUGGAGAUCUGUAUCAGUGCUCUAUAUGUGGCAACAGCUACACCAGCAUGAGGGCUCUCAGGAGUCAUCUCCGAGGACACACACAGUCACAUGGUACUCCUGCAAGCUCAGGGCCUUCUUCAAUGUCCUCCCAUGAAGAAGUGAAAGAUGAAGAUCCAGGUGAGAUGAUGAUCUGUAGUACAUGUGGGGAAAGUUUUGCUAAUAGGCAGGACUUGGUGAAUCAUCAGCUUCUACACAACAAGGACCAGGUGGACAACAUGAACCAUUUACAUAUGAGCAGUGAUGUUUCUGAAAGCAAGGAGGAAACCGAGAGUAUCAUCUGUGGCACCUGUGGCAUCUUCUGUACUAGUUACCACCAUCUUUCAAACCAUGACUGCACAGCCGAGAGGAAAGAGGAGAUGGAACCCAGUAAAGAGGACGUGAAAGUAAAUGACAUAACCCAGCAUGAAGACACGAGUCUCAUCAGAGAAACUGUUGAUACUGGGGAUCGUCAGUACAAAUGCGAUCAGUGUGGGCGCUCAUACAGACACGCUGGCUCCCUCCUCAACCAUAAAAAGUCCCACAAAACAGGUGUGUUCAGAUGUCUCGUCUGCCAGAAACGCUUCUACAACCUGUUGGCCCUUAAGAACCAUCAGAGGUCCCACUUCGAUAUUAAAAGGCAUACUUGCCAUGAGUGUGGGAAAGCCUUCAAAAUCCAGAAGCAGCUUUUGAAUCACCUGCGAAGGCACAAAGAGAACCAAGCCAAAAUCCAGGAACUUAACAACCAGAUCCAGGCCCUCAUGCAGAUGAAUGGGACCAGGUCAGCUGGAGGAAUGCAGUCCUUAACUUCAAAUGCCAAUCAGGCUUUUACACCUACUCGGCACUGCAAGCAACUGGCUGAAGGAAAGGCAGUGCAAACAAAUUUGGAGACCUCAGUGAAAUCAGAGGACACAGACGAGCAGCGGCCUUUUGCAUGUGACCAGUGUGGGCGUACGUAUCGCCACGCAGGAAGUUUAGUCAACCACAGAAACUCACAUAAAACAGGUGAAUAUUACUGCUCUGUUUGUAACAACACUUACUCGAAUCAGUUAGCAAUGAAGAACCACAUGCGCACCCACUUUGCGUUUAAAAAACACUCUUGCCAAAACUGUGGAAAAGGUUUUAGAGGAAAGAAGCAGCUAUUAGCUCAUGUCUGCGCAGACCUCAGAAAGGAUGGGGCCAGAGCCAGGAGAGCCCUAAAGUCUCGAGCCUUUAAGUGUAAGGAAUGUAAGCAGGCCUUUCCCUCAGUCGACCAACUGGCAGCCCACACCUGUGAUGGGCCUUCAGGCAGCAGGGAUGCACAAUCAAACACAUCUCCAAGCAAAGAGGAGCGGCCCUUCACGUGCAACAUAUGUAAUCGCAGCUACCGCCAUGCAGGCUCGCUGUUAAACCACAAAAACACCCACAAGACAGGACACUUCAGUUGCAGCUUCUGCUCGAAGCCCUUCACUAACCCCAUGGCUUUACGCAAUCACACUCGCAUACACACACAGAAGAAAAAGUAUGUGUGCCUCACAUGUGGCAAGGCCUUUCGCCUCGCCAGCAUCCUACACAACCACCAGAGGGUCCACAGUCGGGUGGUGAGUCACUUCAGCUGUCCUGCGUGUGGAAAGAGCUUCCAGGGCAGGUCUGGCCUGAAGAGGCACCGCUGCCACAGAGGUCAGGAGAACGCCACACGAUCUGGGGUGCAGCCGUCAGACAGAGGAGACAAGUGCUUCAUGUGUGACCUGUGUGGCCGCUCCUACCGCCACGCUGGCUCCCUCCUCAACCACAAAAAGACCCACUCCGACAACCUCCACCACUGCACCUUGUGUCUCCAGACAUUUCCCGACCCUCUCACCCUGCAGAUACACUCCCAGAUGAGGCGUCACUGCUGCCCCGAGUGCGGCAAGACCUUCUGUCUGGUCGCACACCUGCAGAGCCACAUGGAGGUGCACUCGAAGGACCGCACUGCUGUGGUCUGCAGCCUCUGCCAGCAGAGCUUUCCCAACACGGCCAGCUACCAGGAGCACCACGACAUGCACCACGCGGCUCAGGGCCCCUAUCAGCAAAGCGAACCCAUACAUAACACCCUCUGCUGGGACUCAGGAAUAGAUCAGUCUCUGGGGAUGGGUGGGGUGCACAACCAGGUUCCACCUCCUUUGUCCCAUAUUCCAGAAAGCAUCGCUAAUUCACAGAAGAGUAACGACAUUUCCGCCACAGAGGAGAAGGGCCACGUCUGCGAGCACUGCGGCCGAACUUACCGCCACGCCGGCUCCCUCCUCAACCACAAGAACAGCCACAAAACAGGCUCCUUCUUCUGCUCCGUCUGCCAGAAGGAGUUCACCAACCUGAUGGCUCUCAAGAACCACCGACGCAUCCACACGGAGCCCAAGCGCUACCAGUGCCUGGAGUGUGGAAAGGCGUUCCGUGUGUCCACUCAGCUCAUAUGCCACCGAAGGAUACACACCAAAGAGAAGCCCUUCGCCUGCAUGCUGUGCGACAAGAGCUUUUCCAGCAAGUCCAACCUGAGGCACCAUCAGAAGAUGCACCAGAGCAACCAGACUUACGACUCUUCAUUUAGCAUGGAUGCUAAUGCAUUUAUGGACCUGGACAUGGGCUCUUUCCUUUGAAGAAGUACUACAGAGCAUACAGGAGAGAAGGACACGUGGUCCUGUCAGUUAUUUAUCCCUCUAUCAAUAAUUGUAAAACAGUAUUUUUGUUUUUUCAGAAAGUGCUCCUUGGUCCUGACAGAAGCUCCUUUUGAAGAGAUGCACAUUUCAUUACUGACUUCCAGUCUUACCUCCACAACAGAUGGAGACGUCACUGAAAAAAAGUCUCCUGAGGGUUCAGCGGUCAGCUUUUAAUAAAGCCUGAAUGUUUUCCACGAACACACAGGAUCCCCGAAAAACAGUGCAGGCGAUGAAAACAUUAAUCUCUGUGCAUUCCUCAACGACAAACCAACCAACCAAAGUGACCAGAGAAGUGCAGCGCAGGUCCACUCCAGAACAUUAACGCUGAUUUCAUGUUUUUGUAAGACAGUACUGUUCUAACUCUUGCUAUGUAUAAUUGUGUUCAGUGCCUCUGUAAGUUCCUUAGGAAACAAAAUAUACAAACUAUAUUUA